AUGCUGGUGGCAGCCGUCCUGGCCUGGCUCUCGGGUCAUGUCUACGCUUCACAGUUAGGAGCGACGUUCGGUGAUGCCGCUGUUUCACAGCUUGUUCGACAUGUCGCUGCAAAAAUCCUACAGGAACCACGAGUCGCUGAGAUAACUCUGAAAACCCGAGAAUCACCGUCGUUGGGUUCUUUGGCUCAUCUGGAUAUCCUCAACCGAGUGAACUACAGAAACCUGUCUGUGGUUUUCCAUGACGACUCCCUUCACGUGGUAGUCGACAGGUUUUCGUUGCUCUCCCACGGCAACCUGUCCGAAGUCUUCUGGCCAUUUGGUUUGGGAGAACAGGUACUCGAUGUGGGUCUGCAGCUGCAUCGUGCUGAGAUCCGGCUCGAUGCUGAUGAAACGACAUUUUCACUUGGCGACUGCCUUCUGGUCGGAUCUGAGCUGGCUGCCUCGGUUCCAGGUCACUGGAUAGCCGACAGAGGGGCAUCAGCAAUCGCCUCGCUGAUGACACCGAUGCUCGAUUCGGUGCUCUGUAAUGCUCUACGACAUCACAUCGGCAGUUUGGAGGCUAGCACAAUUAUGCGUUUUCCAGUGUACGACCUGAUCCCGGAAAAACUGCGGUCGUACGCUGAAAGAGCGUUCAAAGUGAACGACCACCAGCUGACUGCUCGGGCGCAACUCGAAUGGGUUGAGAUUGCAGAAACCCCUGUGGUGUCAUUAUUGGAAGAUUCUGUGAACACAACUCUCCUCGAAGUCGAAUUGAACGGCGACGAUAUCGUUACCGUAUGGAUCGAAGACGGUAUUGUGAAUGAACUACUAGAGCAGGUAAGCUGA